GAAGGCAUCGGAACCAAACGUCCUGUGAGAUGAGCUGACGGAAGCCAUCGCAGCUUCUCUGCUUCUGCAUAUUCACAACAGGAAAAGCGGCGAUCCUGCUUAUAUGUAUUUCAUUCUAAAGGCACUCUCUGUGCUCACAUUGGCCGAAGCUAUUGCGCUUGUGGCCCUCUUCUUCGACACUCCGAUUCAACAAUGGAUUUUGGUUGCCCUGGGUGGCUUCAAACGCGGCAGAGGCCCUCUGGUGGUCAAAGCCGUUUGCCUUUCUCUCAUUGCUGUUUUUCUCUACAGCUUUUACACUAGUUUUCUUAUAAUCCACCGCCACGGCGUCUAUUCCGACCCCAUUCCUUUUGCCUCUCGGCUCAAUCUCACUUGCCACAUCGCCCAGGCUCUCCUCGCGGGAUUUUCAAUAUUUGCCUCGGUGAUGAUAAACAAAACUUACAAUCUUAUAAAGGAGCACCGUUCAUUGGGAGAGACGAUCAAGGCUGAGCAGAAACACCUGAUGGACACAGAAAGUUGCAUGGCAAUGCAACGGUGUAGUCUAUUAAGGAAUGUUACUGCACUAACAGAACAGAUGAAGAAGCUGGAAUUCAACUCUCGGGUUGAAACAAAGAGGGUUGAGGUUGCAAAUGCUAGAGCAUUGGCAUUAAAGAACCACUUUGAUGAACUCCAUCUUAAAUAUGAUGAACUGCUUGAAUACAACCAAACAAUUCAGAACCAGUUGCAAUGCAUUAAUCCAGAACUGCAGAACAAUAAACAUUCAGAUGAAAUAAGAUGUAAUAUGCUGUUUGAUAAUGAAGCCGAAGCAACAAACUGGUGCAGACAGUACCUUUUCCCCGACUCUCAUUCCUUGCCCUCUCCAAGACAUCGCAGAAGUGUUGAAGGUUCUUAGAACCUAUUUAAUUUGUUGUUCAACAUUUGUUUAUCCAGGUUUGAUGUAUAUACUAUUUAGGAAAGAACAACAUUACAUCUACAAAUCUAUGGAGAAGCCUCAUAGCAGUUUAUUUUUCCCCAUUGCUUUAGUGGCUUGUAACAUCUGACAAAUAAUAUUCUCUGCUAGGAUAAGUUAAUGUAUCUUUGAACUUGUUUUUUUCUUGAGGUUCAGAUAAUUCCUGGUUAGAUUA